AUGAUCCAGCACGACUGGAUGAGCGACGGGGCGCGCGAGGUCGAGUCGGACGCGCGGUGCGUCGUCGUCGUCGAGAAGGACGGCAUCUUCCGGCGCCUCGUCGAGGACCGCUUCUUCGAGCGCUACCCCUGCGUCCUCGUCACGGGCAUGGGCGUGCCCGACAUCGCGACGCGCGCCCUCGUCCACAAGCUCCGCGGGUCCCUCGACGUGCCCGUCUACGGCCUGGUGGACUGGAACUCGUGGGGCGUCGGCGUGCUCCUCUGCUACAAGGUCGGCUCCGCGCGCCUCGGCCUCGAGGCCGUGCGCUACACGGUGGACGUGAAGUGGAUCGGCCUGCGGUCGAGCCAGGUCGACCGCCUCGAGCUCCCCGCGAGCUGCCGCCAGCCGCUCACGGACCGCGACCGCCGCCGCGCGGAGGGCCUCCUCGCCCACCCCUGGGUCGCGACGAAGCCCGCCUGGCAGCGCGAGCUCCGGCGCCAGCUCGACCUCGGCUCCAAGUGCGAGCUCGAGGCCCUCUUCGCCGGCGGCGACCUCGACGCGGUCGGCGCGUUCAUCGAGACCGCGAUCACGACGCAGGACUACCUCGAGCCGCACGGCGCCGCACACAGACCGCACGCACACAACCGAAAAAGAGCGAUGGAGGACCUCGAGGAGGAGCAGGACGUGACGGCCUGGGUGAACGGCGUGCUCAGCGAGGCGUCGGCGGACGGGGCGAGCGUCGACGCGAAGAUCUCGAGCGUGUCCAUGAAGCUGCAGAUCAUGGCCGCGGACCUCAACGACGAGCUCGAGGGCCACAUGGAGGAGCUCAUCGAGGCGGCGCCGCGCGCGCUCGGCGACGUCGGGAGCGUGUCGCGCGCGCUCGCGGCCGUCGACGAGGAGCUCGCGGCCGUGCAGCGCCGCGUCGACGGCGCGUCGCGCGGCGGCCGCGAGGUGCGGACGCUCGACGAGCUCGACCGCCUCAAGACGCACCUCGAGGCCGUCGGCGCGACGCUGCGCGAGGCCGCGUCCUGGCAGGCCGCCGCGCGCCGCGCCGCGGCGUCGCUCGACGCGUUCCUAAACCGCGGCGCCGAGGCGCGCGAGCCCUGGGACGCGGCCGCGGGCGACGUCGCGGCCCAGCUCGCGACCAUGGGCGACAGCGAGCGCAUCCUGCGCAAGCUGCCCGACGCCGACGACCGGCGGUCGACCCUCGACGGCUUGCGGGACGACUUCGAGCACGCGCUGCGGCCGCGCGUCGCCGCGGCGCUCGCCGCGCCGGACGUCUCCGGCGAGGCGCUGCGGCCGCUCGUGGCGCUCUACGAGCGCCUGGGCCUCGGGGAGGCGUUGCGGCGCGACUACGCGGCCGCUAGGCCCGGCGCGGCGCGGAAGCGGUGGUUCGCGCGGACCGCGGCCGACGACGCGGGCCUCGACCUCGCGCCGUGGCUCGGCGCGUUCCUCGACGACCUGCUGCGGGACCUCGAGGCGGAGAAGGCCGCGGCGGGCGCGGCCUUUGGGGAGGCGCACGCGCCGGGCGUCGCGGCGCUCGUCGCCGCGGAGACGCUCAAACCGCUCGCGGAGUCGUUCCGCGGGAAGCUGGACGCGGCCGCGGACCGCGGGCCCGGCGGCCUCGAGGACUGCGCGGCGGCCCACGCGGCCUGCGGCGUCUUCCUCGAAAACUUGGAGCAAACGCUGGGCCUGCCGGCGCAGUCGCCCCUACUCGGGGACGUCGCGUUCGCCGUCGGCGGCGCGCCCUUCGCGGGCUUCGGCGAGAUGGGCAGCGACGGCGCGACGCGCUACGGCGCCCUCGAGCGGCGGCGCUUCGCCGCGGCCGUCGCCGUCGGGGCCGCGGACUGCCGCGCGGCGCUCGACGCGCUCCCCGCCGACGGCCUGCUCCCGGCGGCCGCGUUCGAGGCCGCGCUCGACCGCGCGCGGAAGCUGCUCGACGCGGCGCUCGCGGACGACUGCCGGGCGGCCCUGGGCCGCUGCGCGGCGCUCACGGGCGGCUUGGACGGCGCGGGCUGCGCCGCGGCCGUGCGCGACGCGACGCGCGACGCCGCGCUCGCGCUCGCCGCGGUCUUCGGCGACCUCCGGGGCCACCUCGCGAACGGCCUGCCGCGCGACGCGUCGCUCCUCGCGGACUGCUGGGCCUACGCGCGGCGCGCGUUCGUCGCGCUGGAGCUCGCCGGGCUGGCCGAGCGCGCGUCGCGCGAGUGGCUCGCGGUCGCGAACCGGACCUUCGCGCUCUGGCGCAGCGACGUCGCGGCCGAUGCGGGCCGCGGGCGCGACGCGGCCUUUUCCGAGGACGAGGGCCUCGCGCGCGUGCCGCCGCUCGCGCGGCGCGCGGUCGCCGCGCCGGCCAAGGCGGCGCACGCGCGGCGGCGCCGCGCGGAGGCGUCGCCGCUGGACCGCGUCGCCGUGGACCGCGCGCUCGACGACCUCGCGGCGGAGGCGUCGGCGCUCGCCUUCGAGUGCGCCUUCGCGCCCGUGCGGUCCGCGCUGCGCCGCGUGUCGGCGACGCGUCUCGGCGGCGACGCGCUCAAGGACAAGGCGGCGCCCUACUACUGCCGCGCCGCGGUCUGGGCGGGAAACGACGACGCGGACCCGGCGCCGAGCGACUACGCGACGGUCGUCGGCGAGCACCUCAUGGGCGCGCUCCGCCACCUCGAGCCGUUCCUCGAGUCGCCGGCCGUCGCGGAUGCGGCCGCGGUCCACGUCGACGCGGGCGGCCGCCUGACGGACGUGCGCGAGUGGGAGCGCAUCGGCGACGUGCUGGACGCCGACCGGCUCGGGCUGCGGGCCCUCGCGGCGGGCGAGCCACUCGCGGGCGCGCACCUCGGCGGCGACGCGCUCGCGGAGAGCUCCGCGCCGCCCGAGGACGCGGACGCGGCCGCGCGCUUCUGCUCCGAGUGGCUCCACCGCCUCGUCAAGGCCACGGCCGGUGCGCUGGCCGAGGAGCUCCUCCGCGUCGGCCGCGUCGACGCGAACGGCUUCCGCCAGCUCAAGGCCGACGUCAACUACCUCCGCAACGUCGCCAAGGCCCUCGCGGUGCCGGACCACGCCUUCCUCGCGCACCUCGACGCCGUCGCGACGGCCGCAUACGAGGGUCGCCUGCCGGAGCUGCUGCUGCGGCCCAUGGCCCAGACGCCCGCGGCGGCGGCGCUCGCGAGCCUCGAGGCCGCGCUCCGGGCGAAGCUCGACGCGCCGGUCGAGGCGGCCGUCGAGGCGGCGGUGGACGACGGCGCCGAGGCGCCGCCGGCCGACGAGGCGCCGCCGGAGGACCACUAG